AGCCAUCUUUGAAUGCUUAUAACUUAAUAUUUGACCAAUCCCGUUUGUUUAAACCCGCUUUUGUGGAAAUAGGUUGUUAUACAGUGUCGAGAUACGGUGAUCAGUGUUCGAAAGAAAACUGUGUUGUCAUUCUGAAUUGUAAUCAACGGCAGACAAAAUUGUUCACCAUGUCUAUUAUGUCAUACAAUGGUGGAGCGGUGAUGGCGAUGCGUGGAAAGGACUGUGUGGCAAUAGCCUCCGAUCGGCGCUUUGGGGUUCAGGCACAGAUGGUUACCACUGACUUUCAGAAGAUUUUCCCCAUGGGCGAGCACCUCUACAUUGGCUUAGCUGGCCUUGCCACUGAUGUGCAGACUGUGUCCCAGCGUCUUAAAUUCCGCCUAAACUUGUAUGAGUUGAAGGAAGGCCGCCAGAUCAAGCCCAAGACCUUCAUGAGUAUGGUGUCCAACCUACUGUAUGAGCGAAGGUUUGGUCCAUACUACAUUGAACCUGUGAUUGCUGGUCUUGAUCCUAAGACUUUUGAACCAUUUAUUUGCUCUCUGGACCUGAUUGGCUGUCCUAUGGUGACAGAGGACUUUGUGGUGAGCGGUACAUGCUCUGAACAGAUGUACGGCAUGUGCGAGUCCCUUUGGGAACCAGACAUGGAGCCAGAGGACCUAUUUGAGACCAUUUCACAAGCAAUGCUAAAUGCUGUGGACAGAGAUGCAGUGUCAGGCAUGGGAGUUGUUGUGCAUGUCAUUGAGAAAGACAAGAUUACCACUCGGACCCUGAAGGCCCGGAUGGACUAGUUGGAUGUAUUUGACCUGACUGUAUUUCCGGAACUGUUUUCUUUUUUCUUUUUUCUUACUGAAACAUGUAAAAUUAUCAAUUUGAAAUUGUCAAAUAAAUGUGUGAGGGGAAAA